AUGGCGUUGAAUGUUCGCAACAAAUUGGGGUUUAUCGACGGAACUAUCCCCAAGUCCCCUCUCAAUCAUCGUGAUUAUGGUUCUUGGUCAAGAUGCAACGAUAUGGUGGCGACUUGGCUCAUGAACUCUGUCUCCAAGAAGAUUGGCCAGAGCUUGUUGUUUAUGUCAACCGCUGAGUCAAUAUGGAGGAACUUGUUGGCUCGUUUCAAGCAGGACGAUGCGCCUAGAGUUUAUGAGAUUGAGCAGCGAUUGAAUUGUACUUGUGGACGAUGCGAAUGUAAUGCGGCUUUGCUUUGGGAAAAGAUGCAGCAGAGAAGCAGAGUUACGAAGUUUCUGAUGGGUCUUAAUGAAGCUUAUGAAUCCACACGACGUCAUAUUCUUAUGCUAAAGCCAAUACCUGAUAUUGAGGAUGUGUUCAACAUGGUUACACAAGAUGAGCGACAGAAGACACUUAAGCCGUCUACUCGAAUGGAAAAUGUGGCAUUUCAACAUUCAUCAUCAACUGAGAUGUCUCACACUGGUUCAAUGGAGUCUGGUUUUUACAAUGGUCUUUCUGAGAAUGCCGCGUAUGCAGCAGCUUUUCAGGGCAACUGUUACCCGCAAAAGCCUGUUUGUACUCAUUGUAGCCGCACUGGACAUACUGUACAGAAGUGCUAUAAGCUCCAUGGCUAUCCCCCAGGUCAUAAGUUGCAUCAGAAGCCAUCGACUCCUCGUGGACAAACACAAUCUAAUCAGAAACCGAACUUCCCUUCGCAGUCUCCAUUGCAACAUUCUCACCCUGCUACUGCUAAUGCUGUCUCUACAACAUGCCCUUCUUUGGAUCUUAACCAGUUUACUACUGAUCAAGUUCAGAGCUUGUUAACGCAGCUGAUUGCUCAGAAAAGGGUCAAUGACAAACAACCCAUCUCUCAACAACCAUCAGGCACUAUUACUGAACAUGGUUUCAUGGCCUCUACAUCUACUGCUGGUGUGACAGUCUCUCUCCCUAACGACACUAGUAUUUCUAUCAGUCAUACGAGGACAGUGAAAAUUUCUGAUACACUUGUUCUUCAUAAUGUUCUGCAUGUUGACUCAUUCAAAUUCAAUCUAUUGAGUGACCAUAUUCAGGACUUAACGAUUGGUAAAGGGUUGCUUAUGCAUGGUCUUUACAUUCUGGAGCCUAUCUCGCAUUCUUUUUCAAAUUCUUUAUGUGGUUCUUUGGUCGAUGGGACUCUAUGA